CAAUGGGGAACCUACGAAAUAAGCUCACCCUACCUUGCUUGGCCUAUAUAAGUUACUACCUUCCACUAGAGUUUGCUUGUACUCGGUCCUCAGCUACCUUCCCCUGUGUGGCCCUGCCUGGCUGCCUUCUGCCCUUUGGAGCUGGAUGAGGGUGGUACAGUUAACCUUCCCGGGCUAACAAUUCAUGACGAAGUGGUUCCUAAUUAUUAGCUUAAAAAUUCACAGACCGUCUUCUCAGAAUUUACAACAGUGCUUGGAAUGGUUCAUGAAACAAACGGAAUUAAAAGAAAAAUAAAACAAAGUAGAAGAUCAUGGCAAGUUCUGACUGGGCAUAUGAUGGCCAAAAUGGUCCUGAGCACUGGAGCAAGCUGUACCCCAUUGCGAAUGGAAAUAAGCAGUCUCCUGUUGAUAUUAAAAGCAGCGAAGUGAAACAUGACACCUCUCUGAAACCUUUCAGUGUCUCCUACAAUCCAGCCUCUGCCAAAGAAAUUAUCAACGUGGGACAUUCCUUCCAUGUCAAUUUUGAAGAUGACAGCCAAUCAGUGCUGAAAGGCGGCCCUCUUUCUGACAACUACCGACUUUCUCAGUUCCAUUUUCAUUGGGGCAAGACAGAUGACUAUGGUUCUGAACACACAGUGGAUGGAGCCAAAUUCUCUGCAGAGCUUCACCUUGUUCACUGGAAUUCUGGGAAGUACCCCAACAUCGCUGACUCUGUUUCCAAGGCUGAUGGCUUGGCGAUUGUUGCUGUUUUUCUGAAGGUUGGUCAGGCCAACCCCAAGCUGCAGAAAGUUCUUGAUGCACUGAGUGCAGUUAAAACUAAGGGCAAAAAAGCCUCAUUCACGAACUUUGACCCUUCCACUCUGCUUCCUCCGUCCCUGGAUUACUGGACCUACUCUGGCUCUCUGACUCAUCCCCCUCUUCACGAGAGUGUGACCUGGCUCAUCUGUAAGGACAGCAUCAGCAUCAGCUCAGAGCAGUUGGCACAAUUCCGCAGUCUUCUAUCGAAUGCUGAAGGUGAGGCUGCUGUCCCCAUACUGCACAACAACCGACCACCCCAGCCUCUGAAGGGCAGAACUGUGAAAGCUUCAUUCUGAUGGGUGCAAGAGGAGCCUAUCCUCUUAAGAAAGCAGCCUCGCCACCAACAUGAUCCAGUACAAUAAUCGCUUUUAAGAAAUAAGUUCAUUUCCAUUUAAUUUGUAGGACCAAAAUCUUUAGUUUUAGUUCUUGAUGUUUAACUAAAAAUAGUAUUCUGUAAGCUGCAAAUAGCAAUCUGUGAGCUUAAAUUUAUGCUUAAAGUUCAUUUUCUGAAGCUCUUUAAAAUUGUAACCAAGUGAUUUGUUUCCUAUUCUGCAUUUGUUCAGUUUCAUUGCACGAAUAAACUAAUUUUAGCUCUUAA